UGUUAUAUAAUUUCUGUUUUAGGCCCCUGAGGGAUCCCUCAGACCUCCAUCAAUCCUUAGGGAAAGAGACAUCCAGACUCAGAAAUCCCUAACCCAGCAUUUCUGAUAUUUAUGGGGCCUCCAAGAAAACAUCAGGGAUUCUGGAUAACCGGAUUCUAUCAAUUCCAAUGGAUUUUGUAAAUCAACGUUCUAUAAAUUAUUCUCAGACAGAUACAAAGAAUUAUCCACACCGAUCCCCACAAUAUCCACACAAAUGUCUUCUGAACAAAUCUUCCACAGUCCGGCAUGGUAUAUGGAGUCCACUACCCAGAAGUCAGUGGAGAUCCCAGUCACCAGGAGGAUAAACCCGAGGAUGGAGCAGACGAGCCCAGCGACAUUCAGCAGCAGCAUUGUGGAAAAUGGCCGAAUCCUGAGAAUAGAGAAUCAGUGGAGACGUGAAGCCACACACCGCGCCAUACGUUACACAAUCAGCCAUUACAGAAGUUCUUUCCUCAUCCACGUCCCUGAAAUACAGCGAUCACCAUAUCCUGAGACAGUGCCGGACACUACCUACAGGACAAGCUGCAGCCGAGGCACGAGUGGGUUCUUCAGCAGAACAAGCGGGAUGCCCAGCAGGUCUAAGCUCUUGACAUAUGUGGUCCUACUUCUACAAAUGGGCAGCAGCAUAUUCGCCAUUACAGCCAUACUCACCAAUCACUGGGGGGUCAUCCCAUCUCAAUCUACGCACUUUGGCUUAUCGACGCUUUGCGACAGGUUUGAGGCGUGUGCUUCAGUUGUGAUCAUCGGGGCAGAUGACGUCCUGAACCUCCUCUCCGCUGUCUUCUGUCUUGGCGUUGUGUUCGCGAUAGUUUGUGGCAUUCUGGAACUUUGCGGGACCUAUGCUUGCUUUUUGGUCCUAGGCGCAUAUUCUUUCCUUCUAGCUCUCUUGGGGUUCGCGGCGUUGGUUCAUUCGGUCGUCGUGUUCAACAAUGCCAUUUCGCAACAGUAUCGGUUCUCCUGGUCCUACGCUCUGGGGUGGAUGUCCGUGGUGAUGGCUGUCAUAUCAGGUGCACUCGGUUUCUACUCGCAUUGGACGGAACCAAAGACGAAACCAGAAUCCCCGGUUCCUGACCAGGCCGCCAUACAGACCGUAGCCGGGGACUUACAGAAUACUUCCGUGAUCAAUGAAUAUGCCCUUCCCCCGACCUCAUAAACAAAGAGCUGAUUCACCCCAAAUUCUGCUCCAAGCUUUAUUAACCCUCUCAUCACUUCUAGAUCUUUCCAAGAAAGAUGGAUGCUAAUAAACAUGGCCGCCAUAUUUAUAUUAUAAAGCCCC